UGCAUGUGUAUGAUUAACUUCCUGACUCGGUGACAGGCAUGCUCCUUCUCUUUAUGCUGUCUAAAAACAUGUCUUUUUUCACCCCUUUGAUCUGACACGAGAUUUUUCGGUGAAUGAGAUUCUAGCAUGGAAAGAAGGAAGUGAAUUUCUUUUUCUUAUUUUGAACACCACAGUGAUGAAAGCGCAUCCAUUUCAGAACUGUUAAACAUUCCAUAUUUACAUCUUUCUGGGUUGAAGUUAUUGGAAACCUCAACCUCAAGUGAAGUGUACUUGCAUCUUCUUCCUUGGAAAUUCCAGUUGAAUGGGGAUGCCAAGAGGAACAACUCUUCUCUUUUUCAUAUUGUUCUUCUUUUGGAGCUCCGCAGAUGCUUUGCUUUCUCCUAAGGGAGUGAACUUCGAAGUGCAAGCCUUAAUGAGCAUAAAACGCUCUUUAGAGGAUCCACAUGGUGUUCUAGACAAUUGGGAUGGGGAUGCAGUCGAUCCAUGUAGCUGGACUAUGGUCACAUGUUCUUCAGAUAACUUGGUCGUUGGACUGGGCACUCCAAGUCAAAGUCUAUCUGGUACUCUAUCUCCGAGCAUAGGCAACUUAACCAACCUUCAGAUUGUGCUGCUACAGAAUAACAACAUAAGUGGAUCAAUCCCAUCAGAGUUGGGAAAACUUCCUAAGCUUCAGACCCUUGAUCUCUCAAACAACUUCUUCAGAGGGGAGAUUCCUCAAUCUCUGGGACACCUGAAAAGCCUCCAAUACCUGAGGCUCAAUAACAACACUCUUGUUGGUGAAUGCCCAGAGUCUCUGGCUAACAUGACCCAACUCAAUUUUCUUGAUUUGUCAUACAACAAUCUUAGUGGCCCGGUGCCCAGAAUUUUAGCCAAAUCAUUCAGCAUUGUUGGAAACCCCAUUGUUUGUGCAACGGGAAAAGAGCCAAACUGUCAUGGGAUGACACUGAUGCCUAUGUCCAUGAACUUGAACAAUACUGAACAUGCUUUAGAAUCAGGCAGACCAAAAACUCAUAAAAUGGCAAUUGCCUUUGGCUUGAGUUUGGGAUGUCUCUGCCUCAUAGUUAUCGGUUUUGGAGGUGUUAUUUGGUGGAGACACAAGCACAAUCAACAAGCAUUCUUCGAUGUUAAAGACCGGCAUCAUGAAGAAGUCUACCUCGGAAACUUGAAGAGGUUCCAAUUCAGAGAACUCCAGAUUUCUACUAACAACUUCAGCAGCAAAAACAUACUAGGAAAAGGUGGUUUUGGAAAUGUCUACAAAGGAGUUCUCUCUGAUGGUACUCUUGUAGCUGUCAAGAGGCUUAAAGAUGGCAAUGCUAUUGGAGGAGAGAUUCAAUUUCAGACAGAAGUUGAAAUGAUCAGCUUGGCAGUGCACCGAAACCUCCUCAGACUCUAUGGAUUUUGCAUGACACCAACAGAAAGGCUUUUGGUUUAUCCAUACAUGUCCAAUGGCAGUGUUGCUUCCCGUCUCAAGGGUAAACCAGUGCUGGACUGGGGCACUAGGAAGCACAUUGCUUUGGGAGCAGCAAGAGGACUACUGUACCUUCAUGAGCAAUGUGAUCCAAAGAUCAUUCACAGGGAUGUGAAAGCUGCAAACAUAUUGCUUGAUGACUACUGUGAAGCUGUGGUUGGAGAUUUUGGGUUGGCAAAGCUUUUGGAUCACCAAGACUCACACGUCACGACUGCAGUGAGGGGCACAGUGGGGCAUAUUGCCCCAGAGUACCUUUCCACAGGACAGUCCUCUGAGAAGACUGAUGUUUUUGGAUUUGGCAUUCUCCUCCUUGAAUUGAUCACAGGCCAGAGAGCUCUAGAGUUUGGAAAAUCAGCCAACAACAAAGGAGCCAUGCUUGAUUGGGUAAAGAAAAUUCAUCUGGAGAAAAAGCUUGAAAUGCUGGUAGACAAGGAUCUGAAGAGCAACUAUGACAGAAUUGAACUUGAGGAAAUGGUUCAAGUGGCUCUCUUAUGUACUCAGUAUCUUCCAGGGCAUAGGCCUAAGAUGUCUGAAGUGGUUCGCAUGCUCGAAGGUGAUGGACUAGCAGAAAGAUGGGAAGCUUCACAAAGAGUUGACACAAGCAAGUUCAAACCCCAAGAGUCAUCUUCAUCAGAUAGGUAUUCUGAUCUCACUGAUGACUCUUUGUUGUUAGUCCAAGCCAUGGAACUCUCAGGACCCAGAUGAAUCAAUUGUCCAGUAGCACUACAUUUUCAUUUUUGUUUUAAAGGUAUUCAAAAGCAUAUGAUAGUUGAAUCUUUGUUACAAGAAGAUUAUAAUGUUGUAUGAUAGAGAUUUACCAAAGCUGAAAAUGGCUUUGGUAAUGUUUACUUUCAAAUGUACAGAAUCUCAUUCGUUGAAUGUUAAUUUUGUAAUAUUACUGUUGAAAAUGAAACAUCCUGUGAUUGUAUGUGUAAUGAUCUCAAAGUUUAUUGUGUUA